UGAAUAAUUAUUCAUGAAGUCGUCAUUGAGUUGAGCUUGAAUGCUGCGUAGUUUAGUCUGGCACUGAAAACAAAAAUGAGAAUCGUAUCACCCUCUGUAUCAAAGCAAUCCAAUCAAUUGUUCAACCUUUUACGGCCCCAAUCACUCAACCCUUUCUCGCCCUCCAUUAUCCGCCACCUAUCACUCGAAUCCAACCUUUAUCAAUACCACGAACCGUCGAUAACCCAAGCAGUCGAACUUCUCCAAGCGCCGGAGAACAACUGGGACCUUGACCAGCUCCGACGUCUCCUCUACUCCGACUCCGACUCCGAAACCCCUUCACCGAAACGUUUCUUCCACAUUGCACGCCGGUUAGACUCCUCGGCCAAAGCUCUCAAGUUCUUCGACUAUGUCCGAGAAAAUUCCAAGUGCCCAGAAGACUUGCCAUUGCUGUCUUCCGUAUUCCAGGCCGUUCUCGAGAUUGCUAGCCGCGAACCCAGUUGGGAAAAAAAGGUUUUUGAGCUGUAUACGUCGUCGCAGGAGCAUAAUGUUCCGCUCACCAUUAAUGCCGCGACCCUUCUCUUAGGUUGCUUGGGAAGGGCCGGAAUGAAGGAGGAGUUACUUAUUGUUUUUAAAGCACUCGACCCGGAUAGUAAGAAUACCCAUGUUUGUAAUCGGCUGGUUACUGUGCUGUUUAAUUUGGGAGAUGUAGAUGAAGCACUCCAUGUGCUCGACGAAAUGCUUGAGCCAAAUUCGAUAUCCUCUCCCAAUGAUAUCACAGUUGAUGUUGUGUUUUCCAAAAUUUUGAGAAGAGAUAGACCCGGGAGGCGAUUCAAGGAUGAGGAAAUUGUUGGAUUGGUGUCUAAAUUUGGUGAGCAUGGCGUGUUUCCUGACAAGUUCAAACUUACCCAGUUGAUCACAAAUUUUUGUAGAGAUGGGAAGAUUAAUCGAGCUUGGGAUGUUUUAGACAAUGUGAUCAAGUCUGGGGGUUCUGUUGUGGUGGCUUCUUGCAAUGCCUUUUUGACGGGCUUAGGAAGGAAUAAUGAUUUCAAGAAGAUGAAUGAGCUUAUGGCGAUUAUGAAAGAUAGUGAUAUUAAGCCUGAUGUUAUCACUUAUGCAAUUCUUAUUAAUCGCUUGUGCAAAUCAUGGAGAGUUGAUGAGGCAAUGGAAGUGUUUGAAAAAAUGCGUGGAGAGGUAGGAAAAUACACCGUUGAACCUGAUGUGGUUAUUUAUAACAGUUUGAUUGAUGGGCUUUGUAAAGUUGGGAGGCAGGAAGAAGGAUUGAAAUUGAUGGAACAAAUGAGAUCACAAAACUUUUGUGCACCUAAUACUGUUACCUACAAUUGUUUGAUUGAUGGGUUCAACAAAGUUGGGGAGAUUGAGAGGUCUCUUGAGCUAUUUGAUCAAAUGAAGAAGGAUGCAGUGCCACCGAGUGUGAUCACCCUUAACACUUUGGUUGAUGGAAUGUGCAGGCAUGGAAGAAUUAACAGUGCGGUUCAGUUGUUCAAUGAAAUGCAAAGAGACGGUGUUAAAGGCAAUGCAGUUACCUACACAACUUUGGUCACUGCCUACUGUAGUGUCAACAAUAUUAACAAGGCGGUGGAAUUGUUUGAUCAGAUGUUGAGCAGUGGACGUUCCACCGAUGCCAUUGUUCACUACAGCUUGAUUAAUGGUUUGAGUCAAGCUGGAAGGAUGGAUGAUGCCAGCAUGGUUGUAUCAAAGCUGAAAGAGGCUGGGUUUGGCAUGGAUGUCGUUUCAUACAAUGUCCUAAUUAGCGGGUUUUGCAAGAAGAACAAGCUGGAUAGGGCUUAUGAGAUGCUUAAAGAAAUGGAAGAGGCUAAUAUCAAGCCCGAUACUGUCACAUACAAUACCUUGAUAUCUCAUUUCAGCAAAACUGGGAGCUUGGGAACUGCGCAUAGAUUGCUGAAGAAAAUGUUACAGGAGGGUCUUCUGCCAACUGUUGUUACUUAUGGAACCCUCAUACAUGGAUAUUGCUUGAAUGACAACAUUGAGGAAGCCAUGACUAUUUUCCGAAGUAUGACUUCUGCUUUAGAGGUUCCUCCCAAUACCGUUAUAUACAAUAUUCUUAUAGAUUCUCUCUGCAAGCGAAAUGAGGUGGAGAAACUUCUGUCUCUGAUGAAUGAUAUGCAAGUUAAAGGAGUGAAGCCAAAUACCACCACGUACAAUGCCUUGUUCAAAUGCCUUAGGGAGAAUAAUUUAUUAAACAAGGCAUUUGAAUUUAUGGAUCAAAUGGUUGAACAGGCUUGUAAUCCUGAUUACAUAACUAUGGAAGUUCUUACCGAGUGGCUUUCUGCAGUUGGCCAAGUAGAUAAAUUACGAAAGUUCUUGCAAGGCUACGAGGUUUCUGUUUUAGAAAAAGAAAAAGGCUCUGAGGUGUUGGCAUCUGGUCAAUAAUUUUAGAUAACAAUACAAAGUUGGGAGUUUUGGAAUUAUGGUGUUGAUCUGAUCUCUUAAUAGGCCACUGGCAGAGAUAGCGAAGGCCAGAGAAACCUUCUGGCUUUAUAACUGCUCUCUGCCUCUGGUGUUAUCAUUUGUGGUCUUAUGCAUGGCAGGGAUUAGAGAAGACUCUAUGUUACAUGGGUUUCCCUUUUUUCUUUGUAGUCAAACAAGUAGGCAUAAAAUUAGGCGUGCUAUUAAUUUUUUUCGAUAGUAAUAGAGAAGAUUGUACGAAAGUAAAAUAAGGAACAAUUUUGUACUUUGGAGCUUCUUUCUUUGGCUUUAAAGAGGUUUCAAUGUAGCAGCAUUUGAUGAUCUGCAUGGUCUAGAUUCAGAUAUCUUGUCAAAGUUUUUCUUCUUCUUCUUC